AAUAAUCGAAGUAAAGUAAUAGCAGCUCGAAACCAUCAAGCGUUGCAUCUUCUCCUCACAUCACAUUAUGACAAUGAAGUUGUUGAUCGCUCAAACAGUAAGAAGAUUCAACGACGCGAAAAUGUGUUUUCUCCCAAAUCAAUCGAAAUUGAAAUCGAAGAACAACUUGAAUUGUAGUGAACACUACAGAUUGGAGAAAGAGGAAAAUUGGAGUUGGAGAAAGAGGGAAAAUUGUUCAUACAGCUUGAGUGUGCACUGAAUUUGCUGCAAAUAAGAUGGCGGGUUUCCUAACUGAUUUGGCAAAGCCAUAUGUGGAGAAAUUGAUAAAUGGGGCAUUGGCAGAAUCAAGUUAUAUAUGUUGCUUCAUGUGCAUUGCUAAGGAUUUCGAAGAAGAAAAAGCUAGGUUGGAAGCAGAAAGGACAACUUUCAAGCAGCGUGUUGAUGUGGUUACCAGAAGAGGAGAAGAGGUUCCAGAUAAUGCUCUUUAUUGGGAAGAAGAAGCCUAUAAACUCAUUCAAGAAGACACCAAAACAAAACAAAAAUGUGUUUUUGGAUUUUGUCCUCAUUGCAUAUGGCGAUAUAGAAGAGGAAAAGAACUGGCAAAUAAGAAGGAGCAUAUUAAAAGAUUGAUGGAAACUGGAAAGGAACUUGCAAUUGGACUCCCUGCUCGUCUUCCAGAUGUUGAACGCUAUUCAUCCCAACAUUAUAUUUCUUUUAAAAGUCGAGAAUCUAAAUACAAAGAGCUUUUGGAAGCUCUAAAAGAUGACAACAUUUAUAUAAUUGGUUUGCAAGGGAUGGGGGGCACAGGAAAAACUACAUUGGCCAAACAAGUGGGUAAGGAACUUAAGCAAUACAAACUAUUUAAUUAUGUUAUCGAUACAACAGUGUCAAAUUCUCCUGAUAUUAAAAAGAUUCAAGAUGAUAUUGCUGGACCUUUGGGAUUGAAAUGGGAUGACUGUACUGAAUCAGACCGUCCCAAAAAAUUAUGGGGCAGAUUAACCAAUGGUGAGAAGAUACUUCUAAUACUGGAUGAUGUGUGGGGAGAUAUUGAUUUUGAUGAAAUUGGGAUUCCAUAUAGUGACAAUCACAAAGGUUGCAGAGUUCUUGUAACCACACGCAAAAUGUUGGUAUGCAACAAAAUGGGAUGCAGUAAGACAAUCCAAUUGGAGCUUUUAUCUAAAGAAGAUGCAUGGAUCAUGUUCAAAAGGUAUGCUAGUCUAAGCGAUAGUUCGCCCAAAAGUUUGCUCGAUAAGGGCUGUAAAAUUGCAAAUGAAUGCAAAAAAUUACCAAUUGCAAUUGCUGUUAUAGCCAGUAGUUUGAAAGGAGAACAACAUCACAGAGAGUGGGAGGUGGCCUUAAAAUCCUUGCAGAAACAUAUGUCCAUGCACAGUGGUGAUGAAGAUGAUGAUGAACUGGUUAAAAUUUAUAAAUGCUUGAAGUUUAGCUAUGAUAAUAUAAAGGAUGAAAAGGCUAAGAGACUAUUCCUCUUAUGUUCUGUAUUUCCAGAAGAUGAAGAUAUUCCUCUGGAAACGUUAACCAGACUUGGCAUAGCAGCAGGUCUUUUUGGGGAAGAUUAUGGCAGCUAUGAAGAUGCUCGAAGUAAAGUACAUAUAUCCAAAAAUAAACUUCUAGAUUCUUGUUUAUUGUUGGAGGUCGAUCAAUGGAGUGUGAAAAUGCAUGACUUAGUUCGUGAUGCCGCCCAAUGGAUAGCAAACAAAGAGAUUCAAACAGUAAAUUUGUAUGAUGAAAAUCAAAAGGCAAUGGUCGAAAGGGAGAACAAUAUUAAAUACUUGCUAUGCAAAAGUAAGCAAGUGGAUGUGUUUUCUCAUAAGUUGUAUGGUUCCAAGCUUGAGAUGCUAAUUGUCGUCCUGCAUAAGGAUGGAUACUGCCGCGAUGAGAAAAUAGAAGUCCCUAAUUCAUUUUUUGAAAAUAAUAUUGGCCUUCGAGUUCUUUUAGUCAGUUAUCCUUAUGAGUCAACUCUAUCAUUGCCACAAUCAAUUCAGUCGUUAAAGAAUAUUCGAUCUCUUCUCUUUCUGGGCGUCGAUUUGGGUGACAUCUCUAUUUUGGUAAACUUGCAAAGUCUUGAGACACUUGAUUUCCAUCAUUGUAAAAUGAAUGAAUUGCCACAUGAAAUUACAAAACUGAAGAAAUUUAAAUUGUUGAAGUUGAAAUUUUGUGGAAUUUUAAGGAAUAACCCAUUUGAAGUGAUUAAAGGAUGCUCAUCACUUGAAGAGUUGUAUUUCAUAAGUAGUUUUAAUGGUUUUUGCCAAGAAAUUACUUUCCCUAAAUUGCAAAGGUUUGUAGUCAGUGAAUACAAGAAUUCAAAGAUUGAUUCAUCGUCCAAGUUCAUGUCUCUUGUAGAAAAUGAUGAAAUUUUUCUAUCUGAAUCAACACUGAAGUAUUGUAUGCAAACAGCUGAGGUUCUUAGAUUAAGAAGAAUCAACAAGAGAAAUCUCAUACCCGAGAUUGUUCCUGAAGAUCAAGGUAUGAGUGAUCUAGCCGAACUUGGUUUGAGUUGUAAUUCACAAAUACAGUGCCUCAUUGACACCAAGCAUUCUGGUUUUGAAGUACCAAAUGUCUUCUCCAAGUUGGUUGUACUAGUUCUUUCUAAAUUAGAAAAUUUGGAAGAAUUGUGCAAUGGUCCUCUUUCCUUUGACUCUUUUAAGAGUUUAGAGAAGCUAUCAAUCAUGGGUUGUGAACAUUUGCAAAGCUUAUUUAAGUGCAACCUAAACCUCUGCAAUCUUAAAAGUGUGUCAUUGAGGGAAUGCCCAAUGUUAAUCUCCCUAUUUCAACUGUCAACUUGUCAUAGCCUAAUGUUAUUGGAGAUGUUGGAAAUAAUUCACUGUGGGCGUCUUGAAUACAUAAUAAUGGAUGAAAGAAAAGGGGAGGAAUUGAGAGACGAAAUAGGUAAUGAUGAUAAUGAUAGUCGGAGUCAUGGCUCAUUGUUUCCAAAACUUAAAGAUCUUAAUAUACAAUGGUGUUCUGGGUUUGAAUUUUUACUUUCAUUUCCCUUUAUUCAAGAUCUUCCGGCACUAGAAUCUAUCACAAUACAUAAUUGUGAUAAGCUGCAGUAUAUAUUUGGCCAAGAUGUCAAACUUGGUUCCUUAAAACAAAUGAAGUUUGAUGGUUUACCGAAUUUUAUCGAUAUUUUCCCAAAAUGUGACCAUACCAUGACUUUUUCCUUUAAGGAGCCAUCUUUCAUUUCUACAUACGCUUCCAAGCCACAAACACAAUUGGUCCCUAUCAAAUGCAAUAUAAUUUCAUGGAUGAGUACUGCAUGUACUAAAAUCCCAUUGGCUUUUGAGGAUGAACAACAGGAUUGCUUAAUCUCAUCGGAAUCAAAUUCAUAUGGCCUUAACAUAUGGGAACGUGCGCAUUGUCUUUCAAGACAAUCACAUAUCUUGUGCUAUAUUAAAGAGAUUGUAUUGACUAAUAUUUCGAAGAUAAAAUCAGUAUUUAUCUUGGCAAUUGCUCCAAAAAUGUUGUUGGAAACUUUGACAAUUAGAAACUGUAAUGCAUUGAAGAACAUAAUAAUUGACACUGGAGAUCAUGACAGUGGUGUAAAUAAUUGGGGUAAUGUCUUUCCAAAAUUGAAAAAGAUCUUCAUUAAAGGUUGCAUGAAAUUGGAAUACAUAUUUGGAUACUAUGCUGAUGACCUUGAAAAUCACACUGAGAUUCACAUUCAUCUUCCAACAUUGAAAUGUCUCAUUCUUCAAAAUCUGCCAAGUUUAGUUGCCAUGUGUCUCAAACAGUAUCAAACAACAUUUCCACCUUUGGAAAUUCUUAAUUUCAAAAACUGCUCCAAGGUUGAUAUCAAAUCUAUUGGUGAUUUCAUGAAGAGAUUGAGUGGGAAUGCGGAGCAUUUACGCGCUUUGGAAUGGCUUGAGGUGUACAAUACCAAAGUUGAAAAUAUAUAUUUUUUCAACGAAUUAAAUGUACGACAAAUAAAUUUAGGUUUGCAAAGGAUUGAGUUGGAUAAGCUGCCUUUGAUGACAUGUCUUUUUGUGGGUCCCAAAAAUUCAAUUGCUCUCAAAAACAUCACAUGGAUAAAAAUCAAUCGAUGUGAAAAAUUGAAAGCUGUUUUCUCCACUUGUAUUAUAAAAUGCCUACAACAAUUGGUUUUUCUAAGAAUAGAAGAAUGCAAAGAGUUGAAACAUAUCAUUGAAGAUGAUUCAGAGAAUUUAAAUUCAUUGUGUUCAAGAACAUGCUUCCCAAACCUAAAAGCAGUUGUAAUUGUAAAGUGCAACAAGUUGAAAAGUGUCAUUCCGGUCUCCCUAUGUAAAGCGCUUCCUGAGCUAGUGGCUCUGAUGAUAAGAGAAGCAGAUGAGCUAGAGGAAAUAUUCAAAAGUGAAGGUCAUGAUGAUCACAAAGUUGAAAUUCCAAAUCUGAGAGUUGUAGCAUUUGACAACCUACCAAGCCUCUACCAAGCCCAAGGAAUUCAUUUUCAGGCUGUAAAAAAACGUUUUAUACAGAACUGUCAAAAACUCUCUCUCACUUUAGCAUCAACAACCAACAACUUUAAAACUUUUGAUAUUUAUUCCAACCUUGAUCUUGAGAUACAUAUAUAUUUGGAGGACCAAUUUCCACAAUUACGACAAAAAAUUGAAGGCUGUGAUACUGGUAAUGAAAGUUCAAGUGCAGAAACCACUCAAGAUUUUGCAACUGGGAUUGAAGUUGAAGCAGCACCAGGGCACGAGUUGACUUCUUCACAGAUGAAUGAACCAUCAAUAGACAAACAACAUUCACUUGGACAAAUUGAUACUACAGUCCAACAAUCUCACCAAAAUUAUUUGGAGGGUUCAACAUCAGAAAAAACAGCAGCAGCAACUUUGUCCACUAUUUCAGAAACAAAGAAUGAGCCAUCUAUACAAUUAGUUGCUGAUCUUAAACAAAAGGGUAUCGAGAUAAGUGUGGAAGAAGGAAGUACAUCAACUAGUGUCAAGACAAUAACAUCAUCAUCAACUCAUUUAGAAUUAGUAAGUUCAUCAUCAGGCACAUUAAUUACUUCUCAGUGUAAAACAUCUUCGCCGGAGGAAGAUGGUGAUGGCCAAAUAGCCAUGACUUCUUUUCCCAUUGCCACUACAGAGACCAUUAAUGAUCAAGUUUCUUUAAAUGAUGAUGUUGCCAUGCAAGCAAGCUCAAUUGUUGAAAAACAGUUUCCUAAGGAUGAUGAAACAAAAAUUUCCAAAUCAAGACUCUCUUCUGUUGCAUCUCAGUUUCCUUCAAUGCCUUCUAAAGGAGACCCUUCUCAAACAGUAGAAGAUUUAAGUUCUUCUUUGCUUGUCACGAGGGAGCUUGAGCAACUAAUCGCCAAGAAUAAUUUGGUUUAUGAGAACUUGUCUGUGUUGACUGAUUUCCUUGUAAAGCAUCCUUCAGGACUAUUAAGGGAUACUUCACUAAGUAACAGAUACAAGGGUUAUGCCUACAACUGUUUAGCUGAGCUGUUGAAAUUCCUCCAGACUCAAAGUGUAUUGGAUGUGUUAGGCUCAAGCCACUCUAAAUUUGUUGAGUUAUUACAAGAUGCACGCAGCUUUGGUUUUGAUAAGGAUUGGUUGGACGGUGUCGAGAGGCGCGCUUUGUUUCCUGAAUUGCAAGUAUCUCAAGAUGCAUUUCAAAAACUAUUGGAUUCUAAGCAACAGGUUACCAAAGAAGUUGAAGUUUUGCGUUUGAAGAUAGACAUUUUAAGUCAAUGUGUGGAAGAUCUUAACUAUCAAUUGACAUCAUCUGAAGCUGUUUUGGAGAGUAUCGUUCAACAAGAAGCAACUUUAAGUGCCCCUAUUGGCUACUAGACUAUAUAUUUUUUAUCUGAAAUGAACCAAUCUGUGUUAUAAUGUUUGUGAUUUUAGAAUUAAUAUUGAUUGUUGUAUGUUAUUUUGAUAUACUUUCCUAGCAAUUUGAUGGGAGAAUUGUAUUAUGUGGUACUUUUUAUCCAUGAGUUCUGGUGCCAAUCAUUUUCUACAA